AUGCAUAGCGUUCCAAUUGCGAGUUGCCAAGUGAAUGAGAUGAUAGCCGAUAUCCAGCCCGAUGCCUUCGAAGUAAUAAAUUUGACUCAUGUCGAAGGAUCAAUCCUGUUGCAAGUGUUCCUGGGGAUGGAAGGUAGAUUCUCGUUGGCACCUGCCACUGCCCUCAGCGUCGGGCAGAUAGCACAGACUGUGGCGCCAAAGAUUAAGGCCAAGAUGAUGGAGGCGGGAACCACCAUGGUCUCCUAUCAGCCGCUAGAACUCUUGCCCAACUUCUUUCGAAUGAUUGUUUCCAAUCCGGCAAGCGUGUGCGAAGAUGUCAAGUUCCUCUUGGACGAGAUAGAAAAAUAUGGCGAAGAACUAUUCCCUUUGGAGGAGGCGGUGACGGAGGCGGAGCAGACGACGAGCUACAAUGUUGCUCCUGCGGAUGAGUAG